UCCCCCUGAGCUCUUCACCUCUCUAAUCUCGAGAUCCGCCGUUAGAGCUUUGUGUCCUAAACUCAGAGCUUCUGUCUUUUUCUCCUUUUCUUCUCAUCUGUGGAACCAGAUAAGGGAUCUGCAGAUCUAGUUCGUGUUCCUCUCAUUUGGUUAAUCAAGUGAACAAUGGCAACAUCAACUGAGAACCAAUGGCUCAAAGGAAGAGUGAAGGCUGUAACCUCCGGAGACUGUUUGGUGAUCACCGCUUUGACCCACAACAGACCUGGAGCUCCACCGGAAAAGACUAUCACUCUUUCUUCUCUUAUGGCACCUAAGAUGGCUCGUAGGGGAGGUAGAGAUGAGCCUUUUGCAUGGGAGAGCAAGGAGUUUCUGAGGAAACUCUGCAUUGGAAAGGAAGUUGCUUUCAAAGUGGAUUACAAAGUGGAAGCUAUAGCUGGAAGAGAAUUUGGAUCUGUUUUCCUUGGGAACCAGAAUCUUGCAAAGCUUGUUGUUCAAAAUGGUUGGGCAAAGGUUAGGGAGCAAGGUCAGCAGAAUCAAGGUAAGGUUAGUCCUUACAUUACAGAGCUGCUUCAGCUCCAAGAGCAGGCUAAGCAAGAAGGAUUUGGUUGUUUUAGCAAGGUUCCUGGUGCUGCUGAGGCAUCUAUCAGAGACCUCCCUCCUUCUGCCAUUGGUGAUGCUGGAGGUUUUGAUGCAAUGGGGCUUCUAGCUGCUAAUAAGGGCAAGCCUAUGGAAGGUAUCGUGGAGCAAGUACGCGAUGGAAGUACUAUUCGUGUUUAUCUUCUUCCAGAGUUCCAGUUUGUGCAAGUCUUCGUUGCUGGAAUCCAGUCUCCAUCGAUGGGAAGAAGAAACGCAAAUGGAAACGUUGUUGAGACGGUUCCUGAUGAGACGAAUGGAGAUGCUUCUGGUGGUGAGUCAAGAGGUCCUUUGACGUCAGCUCAGAGACUUGCUGCCUCUGCAGCAUCCUCUGGCGAGGUUUCUCCUGAUCCGUUUGCAACCGAAGCCAAGUACUUCACUGAGCAUCGUGUUCUCAGCAGAGAUGUUCGCAUUGUUCUUGAAGGUGUUGACAAGUUCAACAACCUGAUUGGUUCAGUCCAUUAUUCUGAUGGAGAAGCAGUUAAAGACUUGGGUUUGGAGCUCGUUGAAAAUGGUCUUGCUAAGUAUGUUGAGUGGAGUGCUAACAUGAUGGAGGAAGAAGCCAAGAGGAAGCUGAAAGCUGCUGAGCUUCAAUGCAAAAAAGACCGUGUGAAGAUGUGGGCAAGCUAUGUUCCUCCAGCUACAAACUCUAAAGCAAUCCAUGAUCAGAACUUUACUGGAAAGGUAGUGGAAGUGGUGAGUGGGGACUGUGUUGUAGUUGCUGAUGAUGCUAUCCCAUACGGGAGCCCAGCUGCAGAGAGACGUGUCAAUCUUUCGAGUAUCAGAUGUCCAAAAAUAGGCAACCCACGUAGAGAAGAGAAGCCAGCUCCUUAUGCUCGUGAAGCAAGAGAGUUUCUGAGGCAACGUCUUAUUGGCAAACAGGUUAUAGUUCAAAUGGAAUACUCAAGAAAAGUCACACCAGCAGAAGGUGCUACCACAACUGGUGCUGCUGAUAGGAUCAUGGACUUUGGCUCAGUGUUCAUUCCAUCUUCUCCCGCCAAAGGCGAUACCGAGGAAGUGGCUGCAUCAGCCAUCUCCGGCACUCAGCCGGCUGGAGUGAACAUCGCUGAGCUUCUUCUGUCUCGUGGUUUCGGAAACGUGGUCAGACACAGAGAUUUCGAAGAGAGAUCAAACCAUUACGAUGCUCUUCUCGCUGCUGAAUCUCGUGCCUUGUCUGGAAAGAAAGGAAUCCAUUCCGCUAAAGAGUCUCCAGCAAUGCACAUCACUGACCUGACCGUGGCCGCGGCUAAGAAAGCCAAAGACUUCUUGCCGUCGCUUCAGAGGAUCAGGAGGAUACCGGCUGUUGUGGAAUAUGUGCUGAGUGGACAUCGGUUCAAGCUUUAUAUCCCGAAGCUGACGUGUAGUGUAGCGUUUGCGUUCUCUGGUGUUCGAUGCCCUGGCCGUGGAGAGCCUUUCUCGGAUGAAGCUAUCUCUGUGAUGAGACGGAGGAUCAUGCAGAGAGAUGUUGAGAUUGAAGUUGAAACGGUGGAUAGAACCGGUACUUUCUUGGGAUCAAUGUGGGAGGGGAGGACAAACGUGGCGACUGUUCUGCUUGAAGCUGGUUUAGCGAAAAUGCAGACUAGCUUUGGUGCAGACAGGAUCGUUGAAGCACAUAUUCUUGAACAGGCUGAGAGAACCGCUAAGAAUCAGAAACUGAAGAUUUGGGAAAGCUAUGUUGAAGGACAAGAAGUCUCAAACGGAAGUACAACAGUAGAGACCAGGCAAAAGGAGACCUUAAAGGUUGCUGUUACUGAAGUGCUUGGAGGUGGUCGGUUCUAUGUUCAAUCUGUUGGAGAUCAGAGAAUAGCUUCUAUUCAGAACCAGCUUGCAUCUCUUAGUGUUAAAGAUGCUCCAAUCAUUGGAUCCUUCAACCCUAAGAGAGGUGACAUUGUUCUUGCACAGUUUAGCCUUGACAACUCCUGGAACCGUGCAAUGAUUGUGAGUGCACCCAGGGAAGCUAUUCAGUCUCCAGAUGAGAAGCUUGAAGUGUUCUACAUCGAUUAUGGAAACCAAGAGUUAGUCCCUUACAGCGCAAUCCGACCAAUAGACGCUUCUGUGUCCUCAGCACCAGGGCUUGCUCAGCUAUGCAGGCUUGCCUACAUAAAGGUUCCAGGCUUGGAGGAAGACUUUGGUCCUGAAGCCGGAGAGUAUCUGCAUACCGUGACGCUGGGAAGUGGUAAAGAGUUCAAAGCAGUGAUUGAAGAAAGAGACACAUCUGGAGGUAAAGCCAAAGGACAAGGAACUGGAACUGAACUUGCUGUCACUCUCAUUGCUGUUGAUGAAGAGAUCUCUGUCAACGCUGCAAUGCUUCAGGAAGGAAUAGCGAGAAUGGAGAAACGUAGGAGGUUUGAGCACAAGGACAAGCAAGCAGUUCUUGAUGCUUUAGAGAAGUACCAGGAGGAAGCUCGCAAGGCUAGAACUGGAAUCUGGCAGUACGGUGACGUGGAAUCAGAUGAUGAGGAUACUGGUCCGGCCAGGAAGCCUGCCGGUGGUCGCCGGUAGAUCAUCGGAAAUUAAUAUGCUGGUUUCAAAGGUACCAUGAGGUAGGGGAACAAGUGUUCUGUCUGGUCGGUUUCUAUAAGAGGGUUUAAAGACCUGUCAUCAGAUUUUUCUGAAACUUUUUUUAGAUUGUUCACUUUCUUUUUUUUCUUUUUAAUUUUUAUACUUUUUGAGUUUUAAAGAGGACUUUCUAUGUAGGGCUUGAAAUAAGGGAAGUUUGAACUAUGCUUCAACAGUUUUUUUAAUACUUUUUCACAAUCA